AUGACAGCUGGCUUGGGCAAUGGCACUGAGGUUCAGAAGUCAGCCGAGGAGGGUGGUCAGUCUCCUCAGGAGCCAAUGGACCAGCUUCUGCUGGAGCUCUGCCGGCAGCAGUGGACAAGUGUUCAGUGGACUCAAGACAGCGUAGACAGCGCGUUGAACACAGCUGGGCAGCGAUUUGCCAAGAGAUUGGAGACGGCCUUGCGGCUGGAGAAGAUUAUGCCAGAUGCGGAAGUCCAUUUCGGGGAUGGAGUGUUUCAAGUCCGGUCGCAGACGACGAGCAAAUAUAGAGCAGAGGAGUCGCUUACCUUCGAGGGUCUUAUCGCGCGCAUCUCCUUCUCCUGUGGCCAAAAGCCGUUGCAAAAUCUCGUCGAAGAAGCCUGGUGUUGUGUCCUGAAUGAAGCUCUGGCCGUACUCUUCCAGCGCUUUGUGUGGCAUGCGCGUGAUGCCGGGAAUCUCUGGCGCUUCGUUUACGACGAGAGCGACAUGGGCCUGGAGGAUUCCAUCGCAUUCUGGGAGCAGUUCGCGGCCCUUGCCGGGCACCCCACGCAUGUGAUGGCGAAGUCGAAGCUCGACGUUCACCGUGGCGUUCCUCUUUGCCCCCAACAGGUGUGCCGGUGCUCCCCAGAGUUCGGUGAGACGAUUCCGAUGCAGCUCCUGGCAGCGCGGCGCGAAGUGAUGGUGGCUUUCCCCACGCCCGAGGAAUGGCAGGACUUCUGGUCUUCAAAUCAUCCUGAAGCGAUGGAUCUGCUGAUCCAGGAGGUGGGAAAGGCGAACGCGGAUGACUAUGUACUCCUUUGGGUGCACCCUCUGAAUGAUGAGAACCUUCGAAGCAUCUUCUGGCGCCAGUUUCAGGAGGGGAGCAUGAAGAUUCUGGGGUCGGCCGGCGGGUUUAGGCCGACCCUAUCGUUCCGCACGCUCCUAGAGAAUAGCAAGGGCUACUACGCCAAGCUACCGGUCCCGCUGCAGAUGACCUCAUGGCCGCGGUACGUGUCCCCGGUUGAGAUCCAGGAGAGUGCUCUCAUCUCCCAGCUCCUGUCCAAGCUAGACCUUCCACAAGAGCUGGUGAUGCUGCGGGAAGCUCGCACGUGCCAUGUGGACUAUGAGAAUGAGCCUGCGCCUGGCGGCGUGUCGUAUGAGGAGGCGCGCUACUGCGGCAUGCUGGUGCGAGAUUCGCCGGUGCCUCAUGUGCGAGACCAGCAUCGCCUCAUACCUCUGGCUGCCGCCUUCGUGCCAACGCCGGCCGGGUGCUCGCUAUGGGAGGAGAUGUGGGCUGCAACGGGGAUCGGAUCUCAGGACAUUGUGGACUGGUUCUCUUCGUAUGUCAGAGUGAUUGCAACAUGUCAGAUCACUCCGGUGCUGCGCUAUGGCUUCACCAUCGAGGCGCACCAGCAAAAUGCUCUGAUCGAGCUGUCGCCGAGUGGCAGGCUCACGCGGCUGUUCUGUCGCGAGCUGGGAGGUGGAAUUGAGUGGGACCUGCAGCGUUUCAAUGCAUUUCCGGACAUCAGCUUCUCGCAGCAGCUGUACAAACGCCAGGACCUCUUCGUAGACUUCAAGGUUGUGCCCUCUCUGGUCAGGCACACGAUGAUCCAGAGCCACUUGCUUCCACUUGCUGAUAUCUGCUCCUCCACUUUCAACAUUGAGAGAGCGAGGCUUCUCGAGAUAGUUCGUUCCGAAGUGGCAUUCGUCAUUGACUCCGUGCAGCCAGCACCCAAUGACCGGUGGAGCUCACAGCAGUUUCACCAGUAUGCCGAAUCGCUCAAGGCGGCUCUUCUGCAAGAACCUUCCUGCCAGAGAAAGGCGCUCCUGCGUAUGCGGCUGGCAAACACGAAGGACAAUGUCUUCGUGGAGCACGAGAACCAGCUUGCAUCUGGACACCGGCAGAAUUCAGUGGCUUGA